UCUUCUACUCUUCUUAAUGUUACAUCCGUUAAACUUUCAAAUUUGUGUGUGAGCGUACGUUGUUCAAGGAAGGUUUUCCAAAAUAUAUAGUAGCAUUUUAUAGUGCUUAGUGGUGAAUUGCCUCAGGAAUUUGUGACAUUUUUAAGUAAAUCAAAAUGUCUCACAAGAUGUAUUAUUCGGAUAAAUACUAUGAUGAUAAAUAUGAAUAUAGACAUGUAGUAUUACCAAAAGAAAUGGUUAAAUCAGUUCCAACUACUCAUCUCCUCUCCGAACAGGAAUGGAGAGCUAUGGGUGUUCAACAGAGUCAAGGUUGGGUUCAUUACAUGAUUCAUAAGCCAGAACCGCAUAUUUUACUCUUUAAAAGAAAAAUAACAUCUCCACCACCAGAAAAUUAAUUAUAUUGACUUCACUGUAACAAUUUGUAAAUACUGUUUCAGAUCAUUGUUAAUAUUCAUGAAACAAUUCAACUACAAAACAAACUCUCAUUAAUUGCUAAAAUCAAUAUUAAUAUGAUGGUCAAAUUCACAUAUAUUCAUAUUUAAGAAUUUACUACUUUAAAAAAAAAUUUGAUCCUUCUAAAUUUUUUAUGGUAAUAAUAACAAUAACAACAACAACAACAACAACAACAAUAAUAAUAUUAUGAUUCAUUAUCUUAAUGUUUCUCUUUAAUAUAUCAUUCCAAAAACAACAGAAGUGUUCUGUACAUAUGUCUAUAGAAUUUUUUAGUUCUUAAUAACAGUUUAAAUAGUACUUAUAUUUUGGAUUUAUCAUAACAUUUUAUGGUAUUUUGUUUAAUAUAACUAAAAAAAAAAAAUGUGAAUAUUUUGAUUUUUUCUGAAAAUCAUAAGAUAGAAUCAAUUAUUCUAUCAUGAAAUUGAGAAUAAAGAAAAUUGUCAUAUUUUUGUAAUUGAAGUGCCUUGCAUAGAUAUGCUAAUUAAUGAAGUACUUUAGUAUUAUAUACUUAGGAUAAUCAUUUCUUAUGUUUAACAAGAAUAAUAUAAAAAAAAGUUUUAAGUUUUUAAGUUCAUUAAUUACAUAAAUAUUAAUUUGAAAUUUGAAUAUUAGUAAUUAAAUAUUAAAUCCUGUGUUUAAGUAUCUUGCCAUACAAUUUUUUAUAUCAUUCAGAAUUAUAUAAUGCAUUUAUAUUACAUAUAAUAUUUUUCGAAAUCAGCUAUCUAAUUAUAUUGCUUGCAACAUUAUUUUAUUAAUAUUUUCCAAGAAUAAUUUUUAUGACUAAGUAUUACAUGACUCACUUAUUUUUAAUAAAUAAUAUCUGUAUUGUCUUAAAUAAAUGUUCUUAAAUAAAUAUUUGUAAUUAAUAUGUUUGUAUUUUUUGUUUCUUACAAUUAUUUUAAAAAAAUAAUAUAAAUGUAAAAUAUAAAUGAAGAUACAUUGAUAAAAAUUAUAUUGUAUUUCUUCAUUUAUAUUCUUGAAUGACAAAAAAAUAAAACAAAUUUAGCCGAAUAUUCGAGAAUGGAGGGGCAAAAUGAUUAAAACAAUCACGUGACUGACCUCAAUCUAAUUAUACAAACAUCGUCCCUAGCGGUCAAGUAAUUCUCACACUAAUUUUUGUAAAUUGUACAUUAAUUAAAUCAUUUAUGGCCUGACAUGUUGUAUGCUUCAGUUCGUUUCACUUUUAUUACAUAAUUUCGUUACCUUUUAUAUCUUGCAACAAGGAAACAAGUGAUUAACAAUCCGUUAAAAUUUAAAAAUAUAUAUAUAAUUUAACUAAAUAAAACUUAAAUUAUUAUUUAUUGAAUAAUAAAAUUAAUUUAUUUUUAUUAAAUUUAAGAUAUCAAAUUAUAUAUUAUAUAGUCAAAAAUAUAUUAUAUGAUAUAUUUUUAUAAUUAACAGUUUCGCUCAGAAAUAACUAGUGUUUCGUAAUAAUUAUGAUUUAACUUAUUAUAAAUUUAUCAAUUAAUGAAUGUAUAAUAAUUGUUUUCUAUAUAUGGUAUAAUCAUUCAUUCAAGUUUCGAAUGUUGAGGUAAAUAAAGUACACGCGGUUUCGUAAAUCGCGUAUAUGUUGUGCGCGCGCGUUCACCGUAGGAUCUCCAGUUAUAUAGCAUUGGAAUAAAAACAACGAGGAGGGAGGACGUAUAGCCGGAGUUCGGUGAAAGGGGGCAAAAGAACGGCGGGGCACAGAGAAAGAUAAAAAGAGAGAAUGGAAAAGAGAUAAAAUACGAAAUGAAAAAGGUGAUGGAGAGGGAAAGAGAUAGUUGAUUUCUGACACACACAUGUUGCAUCCGAAUGAUGCGAAGGGCUCUGUUCUCAUGAGUUAGCCGGUACUUCUCGAGAACAGCGCAACGAUAGUACGACGAUUGCGCUCGCGGGAAGAACGACUUUUCGCGUACUCUAAAUCGGAACGUGUUCAGCAUCCCAAUUCAAAAAUUAGUAAGCACACAACGUGAUUCGAUCGCAUUGUUGCGCGCAGUUUCUUUUAUCGACGAUCACGAUUGUAUAUAGAUCCAAUUUAUCAG